AUGGCGCCAUCUUCACAAGCUCAAAGUCAGCCAUCACUACCGAUACUGGCCGCCAUGUCGCGACGACAAUAUCCCGUUUCCCUAUCUAGUCGAUCUUCAGUGCCAUCAUCGUCAUCAUCGCCGUCGUCGCCAACCUUCAAGCGUGCGGCCAUCGACGCAAUCCUCCAUAUCCGGGCAUCGCUUGCAUCUGCGACACAAAAACGCAGCAAUGAUCCUAGUUGUUCACCACAACCGGGCGUGAACCUCUGCGAGAAGCCAGCAGAGGCAACUUCAAAUGUUACCUGGGCGGUAGUCGGCAGUGUGCUUGCUUUUGUCGCGGCAACCACCAUUAUAGUAGCAUAUAUCCUUCACCUUCGCCGGAAAAAGGUCCACAAAAAGGAAGAUCAAAAUGACCCGUUCCAGAUGUCCGACUAUGGUUUCGACGAAGCAGCUGCCGCAGAGGCAGCUAGGUCAAAGGCGAACCUAUUCCGACGAUCCCAGCAAUCUUCCACCACUUCGUUUUCCAAACCAUCGCCACCAAACCCCCUAGAACGCAGACUGUCCUUUGACGAUUCACCCUACGCUGUUAGCGCCGCUGCCGGUAUUCGAUCAUCAACAACGGUUGGGGGAGAUGUUAUUUAUAGCGACAUCAGCACUCCGCCGGGUGCGGCACUACCUGUCGGCGUCGGUAUGAGAGGCGAGGGCCAAUUGUUUGGAGUUCCGGGAAUCGAGGGUAUGGACUUGGGCGGUAUGCCGAUGGAUCGGGAACGCGAAAGGGAGCGGUCGAGGUCGAGGGCUAGGUCGUCCUACUCCCACUCUCCUCAUAACGGACCCCGUAAACAGAUGCAGCGCCGAUCCCGACCGGCAAGUGUGCAGAGCGCUCCAUUUGCACCCGGACACAUGACGCCACCGCGAGGGCCCAGGCCGGGUCGAGGAGGCGAUGGAGCCAGUGCCGCCAGUGGAAGCGGUCUUCGCUCUCCCCUUUCCGACGACGCUUCCUCUGCUUCUGGCAGGUCUUCUGAGAUGUUGCGCCCGCCUGUUGACGGUGAUAUUGACCCUCUUUCCGGCGCCGCUAUGCUCGGCCCGAUGCCAUGGGAGAAGGAUCAGCAACAGGAUAAGGUGGUGGUUACGGAGACGACAAUGGAGAAGCAAAGCAGCAACACAAGAAUCGAGGAGGAAGAUGAGACGGUUAAUGAGCCUAAGGGCAAGAACGAAAUUCGUUUGGUAGCCGCCUCGGAGGAGACGAGGCCGGUCGUACAAGAGGAGGAAGAGAAGCCCACAGCUGCUCAACAGGAGACAGUGGAAGUCAAGAAGGAGGACAAUAACGAGCAUGCGACAAGGAUAUGA